AUGCUGGCUGCGGUGGGUACGAGCCUGGCUCACAAUACCCUCCGCUCCCUACACUCUAAUCUCUGUGCGCAAACUGCUGUCUUAAAGUACAAGGACCGGAACCUCCGUGGUCAAGGCGCUAACACCAGAGCACGUAACACACUCAAAGGGAUCUAUGGAAGGAUCGAGGCAGCAUUGAGCCAAUAUCAGGAUGCACGCAAGGCACUGGUAGUUCUUGCUCCCCUCAUCAAGGAGACAGGCUGGCAGUGCUCUCUGUGCCCGCUCAAUCGUGAAGAUAUCCGGGGAAUGUCAGAUCUUCUGUGGGGCCAGACUGAGGGAAGGCGUAAGUUGUCUUGGAUUUGGAAUAUGCGGGGCACACAUGGAGAUGAGUUGGACAAUGACAGAUCUAUGGAAGAUCUUCCAGACAUGAAAAUCAAGUGGUGCAAAGCCAGGGCACGUGCAAUGCAGUGGAACGAGGAGGUUGAGUUGUUACAGGAGGAGAUGCAGAGGAUCUUACAAUUCUUCAACUGGCAAGCCACGUCUUGGUGCGAGCGCGCAAAUCAGAGCUGGCCCGAGGGUCCUGCAGAAAGAGAAGGCAAGAUCGCAUAUGCUCGGCGCCAAGCAGCUUUGCAUUGUGCACUGUCAGUCACAUGUCGUUCCAGUUGGGAAGACACAUGCGCAUUCAUAGACCACUUCCACGCUGAUCUAAAUGCUCUCAGUCUGGGACAUCAUUAA